AUGAAUAUUUCAUUCAAUGAUUUGAAAUUUGUACAACAAAUAGGCCAGACCCUUAAUCUUGAAGAGAGAAUGAGGAUACAAUUGGCAAUCCUUAAGAUCCAGGAACAUUAUGUUUUUGAUGAAGUUCUAUUUUGGGGCAGAGUUGAGGGAGUCGAAAAGGACUAUUACAUAGCUCUUGGAAUUCAAUAUAAGGGCCAGUACGACUUCCCAUUGAAAAAAUUCUUUUGGAGUUCCAAUAAUUAUCAUUUUGCCGAAUUACCAAAAUAUAAUGAAGAAUUUGCACAAAGAGCUGAAACCUUAAGAGAGCCCUUUACAGGAUAGCAUGAACACAUAGUAUUUAGAACAGAUGAAGAAAUUAAUUUUGAGGACUCACUAGAAAUUCCUGCGUAACUGCCAGCUAAAAAUUUCUCAGAAUUGGAGAGACUAUCCUAUGUAGUUUAAUCAAUUGAAUUUCAAUGUGCCUCAAUUCCAGUGGGCUCAUACAGAUUGACUCCAACCCAUGAAUUAAUCAAGACAACAUUCAAGGGAGUCACUGCAGAAUUGAAAAAUUACUAGCAUUUCAGAUAACCCAUCAGAAAGGAUAAGCAAGAUCUCAUAGCUCGUGAUGAAGCACUAUAUAGACCUGACUUCUUAGAUUCUUUAGUUGACGAUACACCUUAUAAUUAAUGGUCUGUUCAGACUGACUCCACUAAAAGAAAUAUCACAAUUAGAAACUUAAUUUGGCCAGGAUAUUUAAGUUACAAUAAUGACUAUACAUUUGGAUAUGCUUAUUUUGGGGAUGGGAUUAAAAAUUCGGAUUUUGAAUUUUUAUUAUGA